CCCCGCCCCUGAACCGCUCUCGCGGCAGCGACCCAUGUGGGAGUUCAGGCUCCUGCGGUCGCCGCCGCCGCCGCCGCUGCUGCUCCUGCUGCCGCAGCUCAGCCUCGGAAUGGCCGCGUCGCGCUCGCAGGCCGGAGCCAUGAACCUGGGCGGCGGCGGCGGCGGCGGCGGCGGCGGCGGCGGCGGCGGCGGCUGCGCACGGGGCUCCCCGUUGGCCGCGGCGCGCCGGCCGCAGUGCGUGCAGCUGCCCCCGGUGCCGGGAGCCGACCCGCAGCGCAGCAACGAGCUGCUCCUGCUGGCGGCCGAGGCGGCGGGGCCGGCGCUCCCUGGGGACCCGGCGAGGGAGGAGCCGCAGCAUCACGUUCUCUAUUUCCCCGGGGACGUGCAGAAUUACCAUGAAAUUAUGACUCGUCAUCCUGAGAAUUAUCAGUGGGAAAACUGGAGUCUAGAAAAUGUUGCCACCAUUUUAGCCCACCGGUUCCCCAGUAGUUAUAUUUGGGUGAUAAAGUGCUCGCGAAUGCAUUUGCACAAAUUCAGCUGCUAUGACAAUUUUGUGAAAAGUAAUAUGUUUGGUGCUCCAGAACACAAUACUGACUUUGGAGCUUUUAAGCACCUUUAUAUGUUAUUAGUUAAUGCUUUUAACUUAAGUCAGAACAGUCUGAUAUCAAAGAAGAAUGUAAAAGAUUUGAAUAAGGACUCCAAAGCAUCUAAUUGUAGAUCCAGUUCUCACACUACUAAUGGUUGCCAGGGAGAAAAAGAGAGGACCUGUGAAGAAUUUGAUGAGUCCACCCUGAGUUUUUACCCACCAUCACUAAAUGGUGCUUCUUUUACUUUGAUUGGAUUCAGUAAAGGUUGUGUUGUUUUGAAUCAAUUGCUUUUUGAAUUAAAAGAAGCCAAGAAAGACAAGAACAUAGAUGCUUUUAUCAGAAGCAUAAGAACAAUGUACUGGCUGGAUGGCGGUCAUUCUGGAGGAAGCAAUACGUGGGUUACUUAUCCAGAAGUCCUGAAAGAAUUUGCACAAACAGGGAUUAUUGUUCAUACCCAUGUAACACCUUACCAAGUGUGUGAUCCAAUGAGAUCUUGGAUUGGAAAGGAGCACAAGAAAUUUGUUCAGAUUCUUGGGGAUUUUGGUAUGCAGGUGACUAGCCAAAUUCAUUUUGCAAAGGAAGCUCCUUCCAUAGAGAAUCACUUCAGGGUUCAUGAAGUAUUCUGAGACUAUAAAAGUAUUAAUAUACUUGUUCAGUGGAAGAGCAGAAGCACUUUGAGUGUUAUAAAUACAGAUAAUGAGAUAUAAUUCAUAGAUGCAUUGUCAGUUUUUUGGGGGAGGGCGGGGGGAGGAAGCACACAUUCCUAAAAUGAGUAUAAUGUGCAAUAGUAUUCCUUGCUUGUGAAUGUGAACGGUUUUUAAUUUGGGUUGGGUUAGAAUUAGUUCAUUUGAAAAGUAAAAGAUGGUUUGUGAUAAUCCUACAAGGAGAGAGAUAAGACCCUUAAGAAUGAAAGUUACAAUAUAGUCCUUAUAUAAAAGGUCUUGAAAAUUGUUGGAAAAUUGUUGGAAAUAGUUUAUUUUCUGAGUAAUGUUUGGGAUUAAUUUUGGUGACGCUAAUGGUAAUUAGCUAUUUGGCACUCAAAACUCCAUUUCUCUUCAAGUAAAGCAAAGGCACACUGAUGUUUUCCAUAGUUUUGGAAUUAACUAUACCCUGCUUCAUAUGUUUUGUAAACUCAUAGUCAUUCUUUAAUAUGCCACCAAGUAUUUUUUUAAGAGUCAAGUAUAUUUGUUUCCAAAUUUCCAAGAACAUGCAGUAGUGUAUAGUUGGUUUUUGAAAACAUUACACUUAAGCACUAUGGCUUAAUUUUUAAUUGACAACUUUUAGAUAAGUUAUUUUGUAGUUUCUUGACUCCUGACCAAAAACCAGUUCUUUUGGAAAAAUUGUUUUAAAUUGAACAUAAUUAGGUAUAUUGGGUAAAAAUAUGCUACAGAUUUAAAAUCUUUUCAUCAUAUCAGUCUUUUGAAAGAGAUCAACUUAGGUGAAAUAAAUGUGUAACACACUAUUUGUUACUGCUCUAUUGAAAAGGAGACAGAUUCUAAAGAUCUAACUCAAUGUUUCUCCAGAAGUAUGAUUUUGUCUGCCAAAAGAAAGCAGCUCUCUUUGGCCAAAAUGCAAAAUUAUAUUGCUAUAAGAAAAGUUACAGGGAAAGUUUGAAGACACAAAUGAUUUAAUUUGGCUCAAAAACUGAAUUUGCUUAACACUGCUACAUAAUUUGGGUGAGGUUUCCUUCUGCCUGUUUUUCUUGACCUAGAUAAAUACAUUUUCAGAAACCCAAGACCUAAUGAAUGUCAACCAACAUUGACAGCUGUGUGAUUACAAUAAAGGAUGAACACUUUUUAAUUUAUUAAGAAUUUAGCUUUUAUAGGUCAUGAAAUAAUUAAGCAGGGAAGUAACAUUGAUGCUUUCAGACUGAAAAAAAGACACUGAAGCUUAAUAUCUUAAUAACCCAGAGGACCUAAAUUUAUAAAAUACCGAAUUAAAAUGUUAAUCUCUUGGUUUCUUCAUAGAAUUGUAUUUUAAUGACUAUAAUACAUUCCAAAUAUUCAGUUAUGAGAAAGAAUUCUUACUCACCAAAUGCUUAAAAAUAACAUCCCUUAAUUCUAUAAAGUAUAGAAUUGUAUCACUCAAUUUUUUUUAAAGGACAUGUUUAUAUUGCUUCAGUUUCUUUAAAUACAUGUUUCUUUUGAGACCAAAAAUUCCCAACAAAGAAACAUGUCAGCCUGAUUCUAGCAUUUUAUUACCUAAUCUUAAAGUACCAUGAUGGAUUGGAUGGCUUCUUUCAAUAUUUAACAAUCCUUGGUUAAAUUCAUUUGGUAGUGAAUUCAUAAGGUAGUGAAUACACUAAUGAGGGGGGAAGGAAAGGCACUUAUUUUUACAGGAUUAACAUUUGAAAUGGAAAAAGUAGGACUUCCUGCAGGAUUCAUUUUAAAAACCUGAGAUAUUUAAAAAUCUAGGUUCUUUAGCUAUCUAGUCAUGUGAUUGCUUAAUUAUAAUUGUUAUAUGUUCAGUGAAUAUUGAGAAUAACUUACUGGACACCUGGAACUGCCACUGCAGCAAAACUAGUGUUUAAAGUAGAAGUAUUUUUUUGAAUGAAAAUAUAUUCCAGCUGAUCCAUAUUCAAAUAUUUUCAGACUUCAAAUUUGUCUUCUCUACAUUUACUUAAAACUAUUGUAAAUGUUAGUGUAUCCUUUUAGACUGUGCCUUUGUGUUUGUGUCUUGAGAGUCAACUGAGAAGCCACACAGAUAAUGUGAAAGUUGUUACCGCCACAGCAUGAAUGUACAAUUGUAUUAAAUUUAAUCCAGAGAAGUCUGUUUGGAUGUGCUUUAUGUUACUAGAUUUGUUAAAACUUCAGAUUGUUACUUGGAAGAAAGCUAUUUCUUCCACUUUGCCAGUUUAGGUUUGUAUGUUUUCAUUAAUCCUCCAUGUUUUUCCUUUCAUAUGAGCAAUGUUGAACCUCUCCUUGUAAAUAUAUUUUUCUCUCCUUUAAAUUGCCCCACAAGAAUUUCGUAUCUUCUGUUAAAUUUCUUGAAGAAAAUUACUCAAAAACAAGUUUUUCCUUCUAUGUGCUAAUCAUUUCAGGUGUCUGUAUUCCUUUUGCUGUCAUUAAGAGACUUACUGAGAAUAUGGUGUGAUCUGUUUUUCAUUUCAUUCAUGUAAUACCUAAGCACCCAGGGCAAGGGCAAGGGCAAGGGCAAGAAUGGUCUAGGCACAGACAAAACAAUCCCAAGCAUUUGAGUAUAGAAAUGUGUAAUAGACUAAGACUUAAAAGCAAAAAUAUGAAACCAAAGGUAGUAUUCCUAAAAUAGCUAUUGUUAUACUUAAGGGUCCUUAAGAGAAACAUGUUUUAGAGGGUAAGAUAUACAUGUAGAUAGAUGUCAUCUGUAAAUUCAGGUUGGUCUUUACAAUGGCAGAGAGACCUAGCAGUUCUUAGUGGUAGAGACAGGCAGUCACUUAGGAUGGUCAUUUUAGUAUCCCAUCUAAUGGAACUUUAAAAAAAUAGAAUAUAACUUAGGUGUAUUUAAAACACCCAACACUUAGGGACUGUAUGCUUGAAACAAGACUUUAAGGUAAUACCAGAGAUGUGUGGGUGACUGCCAAUCUACAUUAGUUCUUCCUCACUACAUCUGUGUUUUAGCACUGGAGGGAAGGAGUCAGUAGCACAGUUCCAAUCCAUCCAGACCUGCAUUCCAGCUUUCUACAUUUUUUUUUUUGUCAACUUAGAUUCAGCUUAGAUGUCUGUUGGCAACUUUAGAUAGGUGAGAGAAAAGCCUCCCUACUAAGGUUCUUUCCAAAUGUUCACAUAGCUGCUGUUCAAAAGGAUAGAAAGAUACAAAAUAAGCCUUGUUGACUUUAUUUCCCUUUUAAAAAAUGAGUGACAAGUUUUAAUUACUGAAUAAAUAGAAUUCCAAUGUAAUUAUAUGCCUAGACAAACACUGUUAAUGUUCACAAAAACUAAUUAGUCCACACAUGUAUUUCAAAAAGUUACUUUGAAAGAAUAAUAGAAGGGCAGAAAAAAUACACAACUGCAGAUUCUAGUCUGCCCACCUAACUUGUCUAACUUCUCAGAGGCAAUCACCCUCACGGGUUUCUUGCAUAUUUUAGCAAUUAAUUCUAUGCAUACACCUAUGUUUACUUAGAGCAUACCUUUGUUUUACACAAAUGGCAGCAUACUAUACCUAUAGUUUGCAACUUUUUUCUCAUUUAAUCACCUUGGAAAAAUUUCUUGCCAGUGCCACAAUACUGUCUCAUUCUUUGCAUAGUGUUCCAUUUUUAUAGAACUCUCUGCUACUUGUUCAUUAAUCUUAUUUUGUAUCCCUUUGUCUUACUUUGUAUCUUUUGUCUGUGUGGUACAGUGAGUUUUGCUGACAGAGGAAAAAAAUUCUUUUAUGAAUCAUGUCAAGCCCCUAAGCUGUAGCCAAAGAAUAACAAAGAUGAGCUGCACCUAAGGGAGAAAGCAUGGAGAAUUACUGAUCUGGUCACAACGUGAUUGUAGGUUCCAUCACCCAGCUGUGUAAGCCUGGACACUCCCUUAAGCAAUCUGGAUUGAUGAAGUGAUUUCUAAGAUCCUUUUCAGCAAUAAAGUUCUAAGAUUUGGAAUUCCUGAGAAGUUGCAGCUAACACAUACUGCUUAAUAUUUUAAAGUUUUAACAUUAAAAACGUCUCAUUUGGUCUCAAUCAGGUCAGCUAAAAAGAUAAAAAUAUUUUGAAUUUAAAAUAAACUCUUAACAUCAGAAAUUAUGACCAAGGAAAUAAUUUUAAAACUUCCUAAAGGGUUUAUUUUCUAGUUUUCUAGAUAGAAUUUAACUGCAACGAGAGCCAUCUCAAAUCAGAAAGCUAGCAUCAGCUCUCAACUGUCCGUGCCCUGAAUUACCUCUGUAGUUUUGCAGCAACCCUAUAAAGUACAAGUUUAAAGAUGAGGAAAAUAAGCUUCAUAAAGAUUAAGUUUCUUAACUUGCCUAAGGUGAUCCAGUUUGCUUCCCAAAUAAACUGAAUUAAAAUGAACAGUCAUUGGAAGAUUAUAAUCUCAGUUUUAACUUCCAAAUUUUCUACAUGAUUCUGGAUAUAUACUUUGCACCAAUUCUCUUAAUGGUUUAAAAGAAAAAAAAAAAAAAAACAACCAAGGUUUAUCUAAAAGCUGACUGUAAGUACUGUUCCAACUAACAGAGGUUUUGUCUUUUUUUUUUUCUUCCCAAGGGAAAAGCAAUCAUUAAACAAUUUCUUUGCUUAAUGUAAGUAACCAAAAAUGAAAAAAAAAUCUAAUAAUCUGGCUAAAGUAACUUCCUUUUCUAACAGACCAUCUUUACACUUUUUUUGACCUGAGUAACUUCAGUAUCUCUUCCUAAAGACACCUAGGAAAGAGAGUUAUUUUUCAUAUACUUUUCCUUUUUUAUUUAUUGUAAUCUGCUUUUUAUAUCUGAAAUUAAUCCAACUCCAAAAACAGGAUAUGGAUGAAUUAUUUUAACAGAAAAUUAUUUUCUCCAUAAUUUAAAAUGCACCAACUUGACGCACUCAGAUUGCUUUAGAUGAGCACAUCUGUGUUCAGUAAAUAUAUCUGGUCUUUUUUCAAUGAUGCUGCAAUAGAAUUACUAGGUACAAAACAAAGAAUGGCACAGAUCCACAUACAAUGGCUCAUUGUCUUCAAUGAUGACAACAUAAUUGGGAUCUCUCCUGUAUUUGUUCUUGAAAAUUUUUUUCUCUUUAGAAAAGGGUAAGUGAAAAGCAUUUAGUGGGGAAAACUAAUUGGGUUGAAGUUUAGCUGUAGGUAUAAAUUAAAACAUCUGAAUAUUUUCUGACAUUGAAAAAAAGGGGGCGGGGGGCAGUGAAUGCCAAGAAAAACCAAGAUCAGAUCAAACAAACGUGUUUUGGAUGAAUCACAAAAUAAUCCAAAUUACUAUCAUCUGAUCCAACUCAGUCCUGAUUAUACAUCAAAACAACCUCAGAGGUCUAUCAAAUACAUAUACUAUAUAGCAAACCCCAAGCAUACUGAAUCCAAGUCUGCAAAGUUGGGGCCUAAACAUCUGUGUUUUGAAAAGCUCAAAAAGAUAUAGAUGUCGGUUGCUCACCUUUUCCUAAUCUGAAUCCUGAUUUUAAAAAUUAUCCAUGCUGAUGUUCCCAUGUGCCUCAGAGGGAGAGGAUUCUAUUUAAAAGCUCCAGGAGACCUGACUGGCAUGAGUUAUUUCAUACCUUUUCCCAGUGACUGUUCAGGGAUGGACAGGUCUAAGCCACUUUAAAUUAAUGAGACCCAAGGAUUUGGUGGCAAAUUCUGGGAAAUCUUUUGCAUAUUAAAAGAAGGCCCUUGGAAUCCAGCCUGACUCCUCCACUGCAUGUAAAUGAAGAUGCACAUGGCUCAAACUGCUAUUGGCAAUCAUCCCAUGACCACGAGGGUAGCCAGCCUUAGGAUGAUGCCAAUGCUGCAGUUGAAAAUGGGAGAAAAAACCCUAGAGGCUCUUGGUGACACUACUGAAUCACUGGAUCAGAAAUACUGAAGCCCAUUCUAUCAGUAGACUAAAUAUAUAAUGAUUCAAUACAUUUUAUUAAGUCAUUUUAAGUUGGAUUUUUUUGCUAUUUGCAUCUGAAAACUAGAGUGGUCCCACCCAAUACAGCAGUCUUUGAAUCAUAAAAAUCUGUAUUAAAUAGAAACCAUAAAUAACAAUUCCUAUUUAUUUAAUCCAUAAGCCGAAGAUUUUUCUUUCCUAUUUUAACAAAUAAUCUUCUAAAAAAUAAUUUGUUAUACUCUUCCAAUAUUUGAACUGAAUUGUAUUUUAAAGUUUAUAUUCAUUGCAUUCACUUCAUUAUUUAUUCCAAGUUUUUGCUAUAGGCUUUAUCUUGAAUGUGUAGGACCAUUCGCCGUGCAUAGAAGUCCCUGUAUUCCUCUGGUAAUUCAGCCAGUGUUUUUAAAGCUCUGUCCAAAAUUUGUGCAGCUCUUGAUGCUGCUGUAGGAUCUUUGUUUCCAUAGGUAUCUGUUUUAUCAUAGCAUUCAGAUGGAAGAUGCUUCCAAAAGACAUUCACUCCCACUCCAAACUCUUCAGAAAUUACGUUAUGGAACCAUAAAGCUGGAGAAAGUUUAAAGAAAAAAAACAAGUUAAAAAUAAAACCUAGAGUAAAAAAAAAAAAAAAAAAAGAAACAAACCAAAA